AUGGAGCGGAUGAAGACGAUACGUGUACAUGAAGAAGUGCCCGGACCGGAAGUGUUCGCUACGUACUCUGAGAUUGGAGAUGCCAUGGUCACUCACUAUCCCAUGCUAGCAAGGAGAUGGUCACGGGCACAGGAAUGGAACAAACAUUUCUCAUUCUUAGUUCACCUGCCCGGGAAAGAUGGAACUCAUUGGCUGCUUCUCCCACUGGGGACUAGGACGAGGUACUCACUGAAUUCUAUGAAUGAUAUUUGCCCACCCGCGGGAAAGGGAAUGGAUUCAAUUCGGCACUAUUCCCACUCACUCCCCCAACUCUUUCAUUGGCGCCUAUUGGAGAAGAGGCAUGUCCAGAAGGUGGUUUCAGUGAGACAAGCUAGCGCGAAGCAAAGCGAGAGGCAUGGGUUGAACUCUGACCGAAGUGAGGCCAAUCAAGGAAAAAGAGAGAUCAUCGGGGAAGGCAGCUCCUUCUAUCUAUUUCCAUCCCAAGCCAGUCAGCGCAUCGAACUCAGUUGCUCACUAAAGCAACCUAUUGGAGUUCACUGGCAAAGCAACUUCCAUUUCUUUGGGGCUGCUACGGCACUUUUAGAGAUCGAUCAGGGAACUUGGGCUGCCCUUUCUCAUGGGCGUCGUACCCUGCCUGACCUCAGACUGUUCCUUCAUAAGGGUGACGAUGCUGAUAGCGCUUCCUUACUUAUCAAACAAGUUAUGAGUGAUAUGAGGAACUGCGCUUGA